UUUUCACAUAUUCUAUGAAAAGGCGAUCAUUUAAAUUUUUAAGUAAAAAGUUAUAUUGUUUAUAUAAAGAUACAGGCUUAGAAGAUGUUUCUCUAAUUUUUAAAUUAUAUCACACAAAACAACCUAAUAUGAAUAUUGACGCAAUUCAAAGAUCAUAUUUAAAAGAAAAAUGUAUAAUAGUAAAUGAAAACGAUGAAAUUCUCGGGUCAGAUUCAAAAGAAAAUUGUCAUUUAAUUUCUAACAUUAAUAAAGGUAUGAUACAUAGAGCAUUUAGUGUAUUUCUUUUUAAUAAUUUGAAUCAACUACUUAUGCAAGAAAGAUCUUAUGAUAAAAUAACAUUCCCUGGAUAUUUAACAAACACUUGUUGUAGUCACCCUUUGUAUAAUAAUAAUGAAAUGACAGAAGAUAUUUUAACAGGGAUUAAGAAUGCUGCGAUACGAAAAUUAAAACAUGAACUUGGUGUUAAAAUUGGACAGAUUUCUGUCGAUGAUCUAAAAUUUAUGGCACGUUUCCAUUACAAAGCAUUGUCGGAUAAUAUUUGGGGUGAAAAUGAAAUUGAUUACGUUUUCAUUGUCAAGAAAGAUGUUAUGUUAGAUCCGAACCCCGAAGAAGUUAAACGUGUUAAAUACUUUACUCAAACUGAUUUGAGAAAUAUUAUAAACAACGAAAAAUCUAUCAAAUCACCUAUUUCACCCUGGUUUAAAUUGAUUGCAAAACAUUUUUUGUUUGAUUGGUGGAGUAAUUUAGAUGAAUUAUUAAUAUCAGACAACGAACUCAACAAAAUACAUCGACUUUGAAUUGUAGGAGACCCCAAUCUCAUCAAAAUAUUUUUUUACAUAAUAUUUAUUCUUUUUUUAAAAAAAAUAAUUACAUAAACAUGCUCAAUGAUUUAUAUAAAUACCAAUAAAUUUAUAAUACUGCCAAAAUACAUAUUUAUAUGGGUACAAAAAUCACAGUGAAUAUAAAUAAG